AUGACGACCACGGGCAAUCCUAAGGGGGUUGAUUAUAUCUCAAAACAAGCCAAUUUGACCGCUCAAAUAGAGGGUGAACGCCAAGCUGCCAAAAAAUGGUGGGACGAGUACGGAUUGUGCUACUUGGAAAACGCCCAACCCGAAGAGUUUACCUACGACUCUCGAAUUCAGGCUCUGAGAAAAAAACUGGAAGAUCCUAACCCACGUCGCCCACGACCGCGUAGCCGUAGUGGUAGUCGUGAUGGUCGUGUAUCAUCUCCACAUAAGCGCAAUCGAUCACACUCGCGAGAAAAUCGGGUCCAUGCUCGCUCUCGUUCCCGUUCGCGCGACCGCCGAAAAGACCACAACCGACAUGAACGCUCGCGCUCGAUUGGACGUGGUCGCACCGAACCAAUAAGCCUAUUAGUGCGCAAUCUUUCGACUGAAACAUCACAAGACGAGCUACGUCGCGCCUUCUCUCGAAAUGCCGGUGAUAUUCUGGAUGUGUAUAUUCCAAAGGAUUAUCACACAAACCGCCCGCGAGGCUUUGCUUUCAUCGAAUUUGCGGACGCACGCGUCGGCCGUGAUGUAAAAAUUGAAAUGGAUCGUACGCAACUGAAUGGCCGCGAAAUUGCCGUUCUUUUUGCAAAGCAGCACCGCAAGAGUCCACAAGAGAUGCGUCGCAUUCUUAACCAGUCGCAUGGUGGCUCAAAAUCCAGCUUUCGUAAGCGUGAUGAUGAGAUGCACAAGUGCAUUGAAGUUGCAACAGCAACAUCAUUUUGCAUUGCGCACCGCGAGGCGCAAGUUACAAUCGUUAUUAUGCUGCGUGUGACAGCCUACAACCGCGCACAAUUCGUGCGUGUACUUGGCGCGCGCCAUUUCACCCAAGGCAAAGUCUUCGCUGAUGCGGACGUCGCUGUGAAGGACAUUCGAUCCGGAUCUAAACUCAUCGUAGGUGGCUUUGGCCUCUGUGGUAUCCCUGAGAACUGUAUUCAGGCGCUGGUGAAAAAUGGAGCCAAGGACUUGACAUGUGUGUCGAACAACGCUGGAGUAGAUGACUUUGGCUUAGGACUGCUACUACAGUCUCGUCAGAUAAAGCGGAUGAUUUCGUCUUAUGUCGGGGAAAACGCGCUGUUUGAAAAGCUUUAUCUUACAGGAGAAUUGGAGGUUGAGCUCACACCCCAAGGGACACUUGCAGAGCGUAUUCGAGCUGGUGGGUCUGGUAUUCCGGCCUUCUUCACUCCAACGGCGUAUGGCACAAUCAUUCAGGAAGGAGGUUUUGCCAUAAAGCUAAAGCCUGAUGGGUCGAUUGAUAUUCCUAGUACACCACGAGAAGUUCGUGAGUUCAAUGGCCGGAAAUACGUGAUGGAAGAAGGAAUUACGGGAGAUUUUGCGCUCGUUAAAGCAUGGAAAGGAGAUACCGAGGGAAAUCUUGUAUUUCGUGGCACUGCUGGCAAUUUUAAUAUGGAUGCAGCUAAGGCUGGACGGAUUACGAUUGCUGAAGUGGAGGAAUUGGUGCAGCCUGGCGAUAUCCACCCUGAUGAAGUUCAUUUGCCAAGUAUUUACGUACAGCGUAUUUUCAAGGCGACUAAGACUGAAAAACGUAUUGAGAGGCUCACUCUUGCCCAAGCCAAGGAUUCGCCGUACAGGAUCUCUGCAGAUCGAGAGCGCAUCAUUCGUCGUGCAGCAAUGGAGCUAAAAGACGGAAUGUAUGUAAAUUUGGGGAUUGGUUUGCCAACAUUGGCGUCCAACUAUGUGCCAGAUGGAGUGAAGGUGGUCUUACAGAGUGAAAACGGACUUCUGGGCAUGGGUCCGUAUCCAAACGAUGGUGAACAAGACCCGGACUUGAUCAACGCUGGCAAGGAAACUGUGACAUUUCUUCCUGGUUCGUCGACAUUUUCUUCAUCCGAAUCGUUCGCCAUGAUUCGUGGUGGUCACGUGCACCUGACAAUUCUCGGUGCCCUUCAGGUUGCAGAGAACGGUGAUUUGGCUAAUUGGAUCAUUCCUGGGAAAAUGGUGAAAGGUAUGGGAGGCGCAAUGGAUCUUGUAGGCAGUGGAAAUCGUGUGGUAGUCACGAUGGAGCAUAACGCAAAAGAUGGAGCGAAAAAGAUUCUCAAAAACUGUUCCCUUCCGCUCACAGGCAAGAGUGUAGUGAACACCAUAAUUACAGAGUUGGGCGUUUUUGACGUGGUGCCAGGGAAAGGACUGGAGUUAGUCGAGAUCGCGUCGACGACUACGUUGGAGGAGAUUCGCAAUCGAACAGAGGCUUCCUUCACAAUUUCUAGUACCUUGAAGUCGAUGGAGUAA